AUGGAUUCUGAAUUGGAUUCGUGGUUGGUCAAUCCGUCAGAUUUGACAAAGAAUGACAAAUUGAACAAUGUCACCAAUGAUGGCCCUGUAUUCGAUUUAAAUUAUGACGAUAUCGAUUAUCUGCUGACGCAGGACCUCAGAGAUUUAGAUAUUCCAAUGAUACCUUCUCCUCUGAUGAAUGAGAAUAAUAGCUCGGCCAGAAACGUUAAUGGAUUGGCUUCACAUAGUAGUAAACAAUCGGUAUCCCAUAAAAGAGGACUUAGUGGAACCGCAAUUUUUGGGUUCAUGAAUCACAAUAAGACUCUAAGUAUAUCGAGCAUUCAAAAAGUGGCGAAUGAAUUGUCGUUAGAUGGCAGGAACAUUAGUAAAAGUAAUAGUAAUAACGACGAUGUAAAUUUGAGUCACGUAAUCUUAAAACAACAAGAAGAAUUGAGAGCUGCAUUGGAGAGACAGAAGGAGGUAAAUAGGAAAUUAGAACAACAAUUGAGAGAAAAUCAAUUGCAACAAGAGAAAUUACAAAGAGUGUUGGAGGAGCAAGAACAAAAAAUAACUGUCAACUCUACAUCUCCUCAAAUGUUUUGUACCCCUUCAUCAAAGAAGACACAGACGGCCGAAGAUGUAUUGAUCGUCACUAGUAAUUCUGCUAAUGGACGUUAUCAAUUUCCACCACCAUCAAUGAUUUCUCCUCCUAUGUCACAUACUUCGAUGAAUGGAUCGCCGUCCAGAAGACAUAACAGAUCACGUAAUACUCCAUUGAAUUUCCAAUUGGAUGAAGAAGCUGAAACACAACCUUUCUUUCAAGAGAAAAAUAAUUUGGCACCCAAUGCCUUUGGACAAAUCACCAAGGAUAGAAACGAUACAAACUUUAUAGGAGCAUUAAAUUCUCCAGCAACUUUUUUCACUCCAGAGGAGCCCAACCCCUUCAAUGAUGGUAGAGUAAGGAGUUCUUCACCAUUCCACUCGAAAAAAUAUUCACAGCAUUCAACGGUAUCAACAAUCCCACAACAGGACACUGAUAGUGAAUCUCCAAAUGUGAUGGGGCUAGGCUUACAAAUUGGUAAUAGUAAAAGUAUAAGAAUGACAGAUACGUUGAGGCCACCGCCUUUGGAUAUACUUCCCACAAUUCCCGGUUCCAAUCAGACGACACCCUUGAAAUCUAAGAUGCCUCAAAAAUAUUACUUCCAACAUACCCCAGUGAAAGCAGGUUCUGGAGUGGUUACUCCACAAAAGUUGGAUUAUAGUGCGUCGGAAAAUCAUUUGGAACCGCCAGUUGAACCUGAAGUACAUUCCAGUCCCAUGAGGGCGAGAAGAAAGCCAACCACUUUACCACCUGGAUCAAUUGAUAAAUAUAUCAAAGAAUUACCGGAUAAGCUAUUUGAAUGUCUGUACAAGGAUUGUCACAAGUUAUUCAAGAGAAGAUACAACAUAAGGUCGCACAUCCAAACACAUUUGGAAGACAGACCUUACAUUUGUGAUUAUGAAAAUUGUAAUAAAGCUUUUGUCAGAAAUCAUGAUUUAGUGAGGCACAAGAAGUCACAUGCAGCUAAGACGCACGAAUGUGCAUGUGGUAAGAGAUUUGCCCAAGAAGAGGCGUUAAAUCUUCAUAAGAGUCGAAUGAUUUGUAUAGGUGGUAAGAAAUCUGAUUCUAUGGUUAGGAAAUCACCCAAUAAGAGGGAACUGUUGAGCAGGAGUCCCGUGAAAGAGAGCAUAGAGAGAGAUAAAGACGGGAUUAUUGCAUCUAGGAUGGAGCAAGAAUUCUUGAAGUAUAAUAAUGAUAGUUUGCUGAAACCACCGAUGGAUUUACUGGCCUCUAAUUCUGUAAUUUUUUCACCCUCACCACCGUCAGCAUUAAGUGACUAUGGGACGCCUUGA